UGACUUGACCUGGUUUGUUUGAAGGGUUGGAGACUUUUGGGAUCUGCAGAAAAGUCCGAGUCAAUUUCCUAUAUCCAAUCCCCAAGACCACUCUUUCCCUUCCGCAGGCCAUUUCCAAAUUCUCAUCUCCAGCAGCAACAACAACUCCAUCCAAGAAAGGAAUCGCCAUGGAUAUGGAGCAAGAAGACAUGCAGUUUCUUGGUAUCUUUGGUGUCUAUAGAGAAGCGUACAAGAUCAUCUUCUCAUGGCGGAAAAUCUUGAGCCAGAUUACCCUGGCCUUGGUCAUCCCUCUAUCUUUCAUCUACUUGGUUCACAUGGAAGUCUCAGAUCUUCUCUUCUCGAGGAUCGUCCACAACGAGAUAGUCCUGGACGAAACCAGAGCCGGAACUCCAAAACACAACAAGCUCUCAGAUGUCCUCACCUCCGAAUGGAUCACUUUCUUGCUUUUCAAGGCUGCCUAUUUCACUUUCCUCCUCGUCUUCUCCCUCCUCUCCACCUCCGCCGUCGUUUACACCAUUGCAUGCAUUUACACCGGCCGGGAAGUAACCUUCAAGAAGGUCAUGAGCGUUGUCCCAAAGGUCUGGAAACGGCUUAUGGUCACUUUCAUCUGCACUUUCAUCGCCUUCUUCGCUUACAACAUCGUGGCUUUUCUGAUCAUGAUCACAUGCGCAAUUUUCCUAAUUGAGUCUGCAUCCAGAUAUUUUGUCCCCAUUCUCAUAGCCGUGGGGAUCUUGUACUUGGUGGGAUUUGUGUACAUGACCAUAGUUUGGCAGUUAGCCAGCGUCGUGACAGUUUUAGAAGACAGCUAUGGAGUUCAGGCGAUGCUGAAAAGCAAGGCGCUGUUGAAGGGGAAGAUGUGGGUGGCCACAGUUAUAUUUUUUAAGCUCAAUAUUUCUCUUGCAAUCAUACAGAUAGCAUAUAGAAAGCUUGUUGUUCAUGGCUGGCGUCUGGGCAUGGUGAGCAGAGUUGGAUAUGGGAUUAUCUGUUUGUUGUUGCUUUUCAAGUUGGUGCUUUUCGGGCUUAUAAUUCAGACAGUGAUAUAUUUUGUCUGCAAAUCCUACCACCAUGAAAACAUCGACAAGUCGGCUCUCUCGGAUCACCUUGAAGUCUAUCUUGGAGAGUAUGUUCCUUUGAAGGCCAAGGAUGUUCAGCUGGAGCAGUUCAAUGUUUGAUCAUUUUGGCUAUGGAUGUCAGACAAAUAAUGAUCUAUACAUGUAAUAUUAGCUGCUGUUAUGAGUUUUAUAUCUACAUAUCAUCUUGAGAGUGUUGCAUGUCACAGUACUACAUGAGAAUCAAUGGUUAUUUGUGUUAUUUUUAAUAUACAUUGCAUCAAUAUUUACCAAAAACAAAAACCAGUUUGAAUUCUAAUGUAACAAUGUUGGGUU